UUUUUUUCUAAUAUUCGUAUACUAGUUUCUUUCUUUCUUUCUUUCUUUGAAUCAUGUUUAAAAUAAAAUCAUUAAGUAGUAUUUAUAGCAAUACAUCUUCACUCAAAAAACGAUUAAUUAUCAGCUAUGGAAAAGAUUGGGUAUUAGUGAUUAUUAUGGUGAUUGUAUUUUUUAGUAUUGACAGGAUUACACCAUCUUACCGAGAAUUCUCUAUCAAUGAUACAUCUAUUAUGCAUACAUAUACAGUAAACGAAAGUGUACCCGUUUGGUUAUUAAUAGUAAUAGCUAUUAUUGUACCCAUAGUCUUUAUCACUGUCAUUUCACUUGGUAAUCGUAAAAGCUGUUUGGAUUUUCAUAGUGGAUUAUUAGGUCUUGCAUUAUCAUUGUCUAUGACUAUUAUGAUUACUGUUAUUAUUAAGGUUUCUGUAGGUAGACCACGUCCAGAUAUGUUAGAUAGAUGUAAACCACCUACUGGAAUCGAGAAUCCACCAUUACAAUUAUUAAAUUAUACUGUUUGUACUGCAGAACAUGACACUUAUAAAUUUAAAGAUGGCUUCAAGAGUUUCCCUAGUGGACACUCAUCAUUUUCCUUUGCUGGUUUAGGUUAUCUAUCUUUUUAUCUUGCCGGGAAAAUGCAUUUGUUUGAUGAAGGAGGUCAUACCUAUAAAACUUUUAUCUUUUGUUUUCCCUUUUUAGGUGCAUUAUUAAUUGCUAUCACUCGAUUACAUGAUUAUCGACAUCAUUGGCAAGACGUAUUUAUUGGUGGUAUCAUAGGUACUUUAUUUGCUUAUUUUGGUUAUAGACAGUAUUAUCCAUCUUUAGCCAGUAUAAUCUCUCAUAAACCUUUCCCGCCAAGAUAUAAAGAUAUUGAUGAAUUAUUUCCUGGUGAUGCAUCUGAGCCAAUCAACGAUAUUGAAGCAGCUCGAACCCAUACUAAUGAUACAUUUAUAUCAAAUCCUAUACCGCCAAGCCAACUAGAUCCAGUCCAUAAAUAUACAAGAGCUCAUAUUGAACACCCUGCUUCAUUAGACCUGGAUCAUCAUCGUCAUUCAUCACACUAAUUUAUUUAUUUAUUCGUUUAUUUAUGUAUAUCUUCUUCAUGUAAUAUCAUGUGAUCGUUAUUCUUUAAUUCAGAUAAUUUCUUGAAUUGAUCCCUUUAUUUAAAAAAAAAAACCAUGUAAAUAACAAUAAUAAUAAAAAGCGUAUACAAAUGUCUUGGUUUA